GUAACUUUUAGAUGUUCCAUAACCUCCACAAGAUUCAUCAAAAAUCUCAAAUGAUGUACAGGCGAUACUGUUUGCACAAAUUAACAUGCUUCUGUAAACAUUUUAAACGUUUAAAGUCGUCCGCACCAAAACCAGGUCUAAAGGAUGAACCAAUGCAAAAUAUCAGAAAUAUUGGCAUCAUGGCCCACAUCAAUGCCGGAAAAACAACAACAUCGGAGAGAAUGUUAUUUUACUCUGGAUUCACAAGGCAUAUUGGUAAUGUUGAUGAUGGAGAUACUGUGAUGGACUACAUGGAGCAGGAAAGAAAUCGUGGAAUGACAAUAUCAUCAGCAGCAAUUACACUUCAUUGGAAAAAGCACAAAAUAAACCUCAUAGAUACACCAGUCAUACACAUGGACAAUUAAAAGGAAACUUUAGACAAACUGAAAAAAACCCAGAUGUGUAUAAUUUCAGGGCAUGUAGAUUUUACUGUAGAAGUGGAAAGAAGCCUGAGAGUGUUGGAUGGAGCUGUAACAAUAAUUGAUGCUUCUGCUGGAGUUGAAGCUCAAACUUUAACAGUAUGGAGUCAAGCUAACAGGUACAAAGUCCCUAGUAUUGUGUUCUUGAAUAAAAUGGACAAACCAAGAGCUGAUGUUGAGAAAUGUUUAAAAUCAAUUCAAGAUAAAUUGAAAAUUAAACCUUUACUUGUCAACUUUCCUAUACUUGAUGGUAACAGAGUUAAAGACAUUAUUGAUAUUGUAAAUAUGCAAAAAAUAACAUAUGACUUUGAAAAAAGUUCUGAAGGUCAAAUAUUCAGCAUAAAAGAUUUGGAUUCUAAAACUGAUCCUGAACUUUGGGAAGUAGCAACAAAGUGUAGAAACAGUUUAAUUGGAAAUCUAUCAGAUUACUGUGAGAACAUAGCAGAUCGUGUCAUAACUGACAGUGCCAUUACUGCCGAGGACAUCGAUGUAGCUUUGAGAAAUGCUACCAUCGGCAGACAUAUUGUUCCAGUACUGUGUGGCUCAUCACUAAAGAAUGCGGGAGUUCAGCCAUUGAUAGAUGCUGUUAACCAUUAUUUGCCCAGUCCUUUAGAAAAAACAAUGGAUUUGGUUCAGUUCUAUGAGACAGACUUAUGUGCAUAUGCUUUUAAAAUUAUACAUGAUAAACACAGAGGACCACUAACAUUUCUAAGAUUAUAUUCCGGUGUGAUGAACUUGGGGGAGAUCUAUAAUGUGAAUAAGAAUUGUAAAGAGAAACCAUCAAGACUGAUUCAAGUAUACUCUAAUGAAUAUCAUGAUGUCAACACUGCCAGUGCAGGAAAUAUCAUUUGUAUAGCAGGACUCAAAAAGACCCAGACUGGUGACACUCUUACAGCAAGCAAAGCAACUGCAGAGAUGGCAGCUAAGAACCUACAUCAUCUCCGUAAACAACAAGGAUUGACAGAACAUGACCCUGAUGAAUUUCCAGUCCUUGGUGGUAUAAAUAUACAUCCUCCGGUUUUUCUGUGUUCUGUAGAAUCUGAAUCUCCUUCGGUACAGAGAAAGUUAGAUUUAGCAUUGGAAUGUCUUAAGAGGGAGGAUCCUAGUCUCACGGUACAAGUAGACGAAGAAACAGGCCAGACUAUAUUAGGAGGCAUGGGGGAACUACACCUAGACAUUAUAAGACAGAGACUUUUAACAGAGUACAAGUUGGAUGUUUAUAUGGGUCCUUUACAAGUAGCUUACAGAGAAACUUGUGAAGGAGAAUCAUCUUGGGAAGAAACAAUGGAUACAAUGAUCAAUAAUGUUCAACAGCAUGUGGUCCUUGGAAUGUCAAUUCAUUUUAGUCUACAGGAGAAAGAAUUCAAACAUGUUAAGCUUGUUCAGUCUCGUGAAAAUUCUCUAGAAAAAUUACAUAGAAACCAAUUGAAGGCAAUUGAAAUAGGAAUCAAAUCUGCAUUCAGUUCUGGUCCUAUUUUAAACUUUCCUGUGAUAGAUGUUGAAGUGGAAUUAUAUAAAGCUGAGAUAGGAAGGUCUACCACUGAAGCCAUGAUCACAGCUUGUGCUUCACAGUGUGUACACAAGGCACUGAAGGAAGCCAAAGCUGUUUUAUUAGAACCUAUGAUGAAAAUGGAGGUAACUGUAGAUGAGGACAAUUUACAUGCAGUGAUGGCUGAUUUAGGAAAAAGAAGAAGCCAUAUGGAGAAUGUUGAUAGUGAAGAAGAUAUCAAAUUGGUACAUGCUAUCACACCUCUGUCAGAAACAUUGGGUUUUUCUACUGUUUUAAGAAGCAAUACCCAUGGAAUGGCAAACUUUACAAUGGAGUUCUCCCAUUAUGAGAAAAUGUCAGAAAUAGAACAACAAAAAGCAGUCAAUAAAGCUAUUGGAAUUUUUUAAUGUGGAUAGAUAAAUAAAUAAUUUUUAUUUAA